AUGCAGAUCAAGGUUACGCCGCUCGGCGCCGGGCAGGAUGUGGGGAAGAGUUGUAUACUCGUGACGAUAGGAGGAAAGAAUAUUAUGCUGGAUUGUGGGAUGCAUCCAGGAUACAACGACGAACGACGAUUUCCUGAUUUCCGCUACAUUUCGAAGGAAGGGAACUUUACAGGAUUGAUCGAUCUAGUCAUCAUUUCACAUUUCCACCUCGAUCAUUGUGGAUCUCUCCCAUAUUUCACGGAAGUUCUGGGUUACGAUGGGCCCAUGUACGCAACUCACCCAACCAAGGCCAUCAUGCCGAUUCUGCUGGAGGAUUACAGGAAGAUCAGCGUGGAGAGGCGGGGUGUAGAGGAGAAGGAUAUGUUCAGCUCUCAGCAGAUCAAGGACUGUAUGAUGAAAGUGACUCCCUGCGCACUGGAAGAAACUAUCAUGAUAGAAGAGGACUUUGAGAUCAGACCAUACUAUGCCGGACACGUGCUAGGGGCUGCCAUGUUCUAUAUCCGGGUCGGGCAGCAAUCUAUUCUUUACACGGGUGACUAUAACAUGACGCCCGAUCGCCAUCUUGGGUCAGCGCGCUGCGACAAGCUCCGACCGGACCUGCUCAUCACCGAGAGCACCUACGCAACUACAAUCAGGGAGUCGAAGCGAUGGAGAGAGCGGGAUAUGUUGAAUCAAGUCUCAGAAUGUGUCAGGAAUGGAGGGAAAGUGUUGAUCCCGGUGUUUGCGCUAGGAAGAGCUCAAGAGCUCUGCCUGCUGCUGGACGCGUUCUGGGAAAGGACGGGCUUGAAGGUUCCCAUCUACUUCUCGGCUGGUCUGACAGAGAAGGCGAAUCUGUAUUACAAGAUGUAUAUCUCAUGGACGAAUCAGAAGAUCAAGGAUACGUUCGUCAAGAGGAACGUCUUCGACUUCCAGCACAUUCAACCGUUCGAUCGUGCGUUCAUCGACCGGCCCGGGCCGAUGGUCUUGUUUGCUACCCCCGGCAUGUUGCACGGGGGUCUCUCGAUGGAGGUUUUCAAGAAAUGGGCUCCUUCUGACAAGAACCUCGUUAUCAUGCCGGGUUAUUGCGUUGCCGGGACUUUGGGCCACAAGGUCCUGAGUAACGGGGGAAAGCCUCAGAUUAUCGACAUGCCCAGGGACGAGGGCGGGGGAAAACUGCACGUGCGUUGUAAAAUCAAACACCUUAGCUUCUCGGCCCAUGCCGAUGCCAAGGGGAUCAUGACGUUGAUCAAGCAGGCAAUCUCAGUCGAUCCCGUCAACGUGAUGUUGGUUCAUGGCGAAAGGCACAAGAUGGAGGCCCUGAAGGAGAGGAUUAAGACUGAAUUCGGGUUACCCUGCUACGACCCAGCCAACGGGGCGACUACCUAUAUCACUACUUUCCAUGGGGUACCUGUCCAGCUAUCGACUAGGUCAGCGACGUGCUCGCGUUUUCCAGGGUGGGCAGUAGAAAGUGACCCAUAG